GCUACUGCCCCAUCAGGGCACCAUUUCCUUUCCUGCCCGCCGCUCUUCACUGCUGUCCUGGCAUGGGUGGCAGACGCACCAUGCUCAGGAUCUGGUGCUGUUGCACCCGUUUCUCGGUCACAGGGGCAUCAUGAUGGCGCGGGGUGCAUCUCCCCUUUGAGCAGAUGCCAAGGGCCAGAGGACAUGGGUGAGGCAAGUGGGACGCCUCGGUAGGUGUGGAUGACUCCUGAUCACUGAAGGUGGCACGGCAGGGGAGCUCAGAUCGCGCCAAGGGGUCUCAGUGCAGAGGUUGUGAGGAGGCCUUUGCCUGGUCAUGAGGGCCACGGUGCUGUUGCAACCACGGGCAGUGCGUGCGUGCACUCGGCCCCAGGUGCAUGGGACAUGCAUCCAGCAGCGGGCGUGCCCUAGAGCAGGGCAGUAAUACUGAGGCUCGCCUGCCUGGGCUUGCUGGCAAAUAGCAAGGAAGAUGGCUUCAGAACCUCAUUCCUCUGAAGUGAAGGGGAAGGAAGGAUGCUGAGGGGAUAGGAGGCAAGGUUGGGAAUUACAAGGAGUUUAAAGUCAGUCUACGGGAGAGAGCCAUUCAGGAGCAGGUCAAGGGAGCACAUUAGUUCUGAGCACAAUGUGAGGACUGUGCCUAGGAAGGCAGUUCCAGCAUGUGUCUGUGUUGUGUAAACUCUGUUAAGUCUGUCUUCUGCAUUGUACACUCUACCUUCCUCGGGUCCUGGUGUCUCCAUAGUUCUAAGUGAUCACCAGGCACCUUGGUAGCCCUCCCGUGAGUCGCAGGUACAUUGCCACAUCAGCAUAGCACUUUGUCAAGCCUUUCUUGUCUUCCAAUUCUAGCUUAAGGUGUGGAUCUGUCUGGUGUCUGUCAUAUUGUAAUUGUUUCUGAGCGGUGAUCUCUCACAUUGGUGAGCCAGGUGGUGCCUUCAGUUCCACUUCUGUGAGUUCUCUUUUGACAGAGUUGUCUCUGGGGAUUGCAUCCCCAGGUAAGUAACAGUCUUUUGUCUUAAAGCUUGGCUUCUUGCUCAUCCAUCAUUCUUUUGAUGGCUCUCAUCCACGUCUCCUCUGAUGGCUGCAGCAGUCACCACUUUCCAGGGCUGCUGUAGAGCACCUGCACUGUCAUGGCACUGUUGGACCUCUCUGCUGAUGGGUGCCAUGUUCCCUAUGGAAGUCAUUUUUGCUUAUGCACUUAUCACACAGUCUCAGUGCUUAUGGUGUUGGAUGUCCGUGUCACGGUUGUAGCUGCCCUGCCCAGGGGUGUAGCAAUACUAAGGACAAGGUAGCACAGCCUCCGGGUGGUGUGGUAGUACAUUGAUCUAAAUACUUUUGGCAAAGACCAUACAGUUCCUCUCUGGGCUGUAGAGAGUUGGCACAGUUAUCUUGAUUGUCUUUUGAGGGCGCCAGGCUCUUGGCCUUCAGGGAGCAGUAAGUAGUUUGUGUGGUAGUGGAGUGGGCUCGGUCUUGAAUGUGCCUUGUCUUUUACAGGUGGGGCUCAAUAUCUCUGUUCUUUCUGCUGUGUUAAAGUAGAACUGGACAAAGUCAAUAUUUGAUAGACCUUUACUUGGCAUGAAUUUAAAAAACUAAAUGUAAAUUUGAAUGCUCAAGCAUUUCUAAUGAAUUUUUAAGGCCUACAGGCUUUUAGAUAAGGUAAAAACUCUACUCCUUUUAACUGCCUAUUUGCCUGAUGAAUUCUUUGGUCAAAGCCUGGAAUUUUAUUUUUUCAAGGUUUGGAAAAAAGUUACAAUAAAAAGCCUUACAAAAAAGGCUUUGUGCUGAGUGUGAGGGAAUGAGAGCACUGAUCAAGUUUUAUUUAACUUGUAAAGGUUAAUAAAAAAAUUAAAAGUUUGGGGUUUUUUUUAUUACUGUUUCCUUUGCAAGUGCACUUCUUUUCAUCCAGGAAAACACUGUUUAGUAGAUAAAAAGUUGCUAUUUUUCCAUGUUCUGUAGACAAAAUGGAAUAGUCUUCAGAGUUUCUAGUCUCUAACAGACUGAGACAGCCUGGGAAUUAAUUUGUGGGUUGUUAGAAAUGAGAUGCUUGACACGGCCAAUAUAUCAAGCAGCAAUUCAAUUUAAUAAUUAAUUAAUUAGCAUGGUAAAGUGUGAGCAAAGACAGUGUGCUGGGUACAGUAGAAGGAUUUUCCCUUCCAACUGCACACCAAUUGCUGGACUUGCUGGUAUUUUAUUGGCUAUAUUCAUACAUAUUCAUAAGCUUUUCUCAGCAGUUUCCAUUUCUAAUUUUUAACGUCACUAUUCAAUAUCUAACAGUCAUAAAUCUAUGGUGGUAAUGUUUGGUUCCUGUUCAGUUCUAUACGCUAUUGUGAUCUAUUUCGAUAUUUCAGUAUUCCAGGAUGUACAUCCAGGAUAUGUAUCCCAGGUGGUGGCAUCCAGCUUCCAGAUGUGGGGGUCCAGUAUCUAUUUUCCAGAAUCAUAUUUUGGGGACAAAAGUUCUUGUGUAGAAAAUGCUAAUACUUUGAAUCUCACGAGUUCUUCUUCUGUGCGAGGUCUGAAUAGCACAUGUAUAGGGAAAACACCUCUCUCUUCUGGUAGAUCUGGUUGCAGAAGCCAUACUUCUCUUAUGGGAUAUUCGGUUACAUCCUCAUCUGCAGUUUCUGCUCAUACUGUUGCAUCGGUUAUUGUAGCUGUAGUGGAAGGAAGAGGCCUUGCCAGAGGUGAAGUAGGAAUGGCCAGUAUAGAUUUAAAAAAUCCUGAGUUGAUACUAUCUCAAUUUGCAGACAAUACUACUUAUGCCAAGGUUAUUACUAAACUCAAGAUUUUAACACCACUAGAAAUAAUAAUGUCAAACACUGCUUGUGACGCAGGGAACACAACAAAAUUGUUCAAUCUGAUAACAGAACAUUUCAAGAAUGUGACUUUUUCAACUGUCCAGAGAAAAUACUUCAAUGAAACAAAGGGUUUGGAGUAUAUAGAACAAUUGUGUGCAUCUGAAUUUAGCACCAUUUUCAUGGAAGUCCAAUCAAAGUAUUACAGUCUUGCAGCUGCUGCAGCUUUGCUGAAAUAUGUUGAAUUUAUUCAAAACGCUGUUUAUGCUCCUAAAUCACUAAAGGUGCGUUUCCAGGGGAGUGAGAAAACCGCUAUGAUAGAUUCAUCAUCAGCACAAAAUCUUGAACUAGUGAUCAAUAACAGAGAUUCGCGGAAUGGUCACACACUCCUUGGUGUUCUAAAUUAUACUAAAACUCCUGGUGGAAGUCGAAGACUUAGAUCCAAUAUCCUGGAACCUCUAGUUGAUGCUGAAACAAUUAACACAAGACUGGACUGUGUUCAGGAGUUACUCCAGGAUGAGGAGCUCUUUUUUGGUCUUCAAGCAGUUAUUUCAAAAUUCCUGGAUACAGAACAACUACUUUCAGUUUUGGUACAGAUUCCAAAGCAGGAUACAGUUAAAACUGCUGAAUCAAAAAUAACUAAUUUAAUCUACCUGAAGCAUACCUUAGAACUUGUGGAGCCUCUAAAAGCUGCUUUAAGAAGCUGCAACACACAGCUGCUAAAGGCUUACUACAAUUCUCUUGAAGAUACAAGAUUUGGAAUUAUACUUGAGAAGAUUACAACUGUAAUUAAUGAUGAUACAAGAUACACAAAAGGAUGUCUGAGUAUGAGGACCCAGAAGUGCUAUGCUGUUAAGCCUAACAUCAGUGAAUUCCUUGACAUAGCUCGUAGGACAUAUACAGAAAUUGUUGAUGACAUAGCAGGUAUGAUAACGCAACUUGCAGAAAAGUACAGCCUACCAAUGAAAACAAGUUUCAGCUCUGCUCGUGGAUUUUUUAUCCAGAUGAAUGCUGAUUGUUCAACACUACCUAAUGGCCAGCUUCCUUCAGAAUUUACAAAGAUCACGAAAAUGAAAAACACAUACAGCUUCACUUCAGCUGAUUUAAUAAAAAUGAAUGAAAGAUGUCAGGAGUCCCUGAGAGAAAUCUAUCACAUGACCUAUUUAAUAGUGUGUAAACUACUGAAUGAGAUCUAUGAACACAUUCAUUGCUUAUACAAGCUGUCCGACAUUGUGUCUAUGCUGGAUAUGCUGCUUUCGUUUGCCCACGCCUGCACUCUUUCUGAUUAUGUUCGUCCAGAAUUUACCGAUACUUUAGCAAUCAAGCAGGGAUGGCAUCCCAUUCUUGAAAAGAUAGCUAUGGAAAAACCUGUGUCUAACAACACAUACCUGACAGAGGGCAACAAUUUUGUCAUUAUUACAGGACCAAAUAUGAGUGGAAAAUCAACAUACCUGAAACAAAUUGCUCUCUGUCAAAUUAUGGCACAGAUUGGUUCUUAUGUCCCAGCAGAGUAUUGUUCUUUUCGAAUCGCAGAGCAGAUUUUUACCAGAAUAGGUAUGGAUGAUGAUAUUGAAACAAAUGCAUCAACAUUCAUGAAGGAAAUGAAAGAGAUAACGUACAUCAUACAAAAUGCUAAUGAUAAAUCUCUCAUCAUUAUUGAUGAACUUGGCAGAGGUACCAGUGCCGAAGAAGGUAUUGGCAUUUGUUAUGCUGCCUGUGAAUAUCUGUUGAACUUAAAGGCAUUUACACUGUUUGCUACACAUUUCCUGGAACUAUGUCAUAUAGACGCUUUAUAUCCUAACGUGGAAAACUACCAUUUUGAAGUGCAACAUGUGAGAAGCAGUGCUGGAAAUAAGGAGAAAAUUGCUUACACUUACACACUUUCUAAGGGAUACACAGAGGAAAAGAACUAUGGACUAAAAGCUGCAGAAGUGUCCUCCCUACCAUCAUCCAUAAUUUUGGAUGCAAAGGAAAUUACAAAUCACAUUGCAAAACAAAUUUUGCACAGGCAGAAAAGCACUCCUGAGAUGAUGAAACAGAGAGCUGCAUACCAGUUAGCAAUGAGAUUGGUUCAGACCGCCAGAAAUUCUCGACUGGACCCUGACAGUUUGCGUGUAUAUUUGAAAGCCCUGAAGAAAAAGUAUGAAGCCAGUUGUCCUACACCUGGAAAAAAUUAUGAGCAACAGUAAUGUAUAACAUAGACUGUUGUUCUAACUUUUAUGACUGCAAGAUGAUGCUGGUUUUCCCCAAAGUAUUAGUACUGUCUUUUCACGUCGUGUUAUGUUUUUAAUUCUUAGUCUAAAUUACACUCAGUAAUGGAAGACCAUAUCCUUUAUGGGUUCCCUCUCUUCUCUGACAUACCUGGAAGAAAAGCAUUUGCCUUCUAUGAGGAACACAAUUCUUUUUGACAGUAAAUUGUAUCAUUUCAUCAUUUUAGAGCAGCAUUGAGAGGAGAGGGAAGGACUGGGGCAGAAUACUAAGGAACUCAGAAUUUCAGGCAUGACCCAAAAGAAAGCUGAGACUGCAAAAAGGGAAAACUGUGUCCAAAUUGCCUCGAAGCAGUUUUUGCUGUCUGUUCUUAUUCCUGUUUUAUUCUCGACGCUCCCUGUGCCAUUGUUUCCCACUGGAUCCUUGUGUCUCGUUCCCUGUGCCUGUUCCUAUUUUAUCCCUCUCUGCCAUGUUGCCCAUCCGCUUUGUUUCGAUUUUUAAAAUCGUUUUCAUCCUGCACCCUGUUCUUCCUUUUCUUCCUAUGUCCUCUCUGCUCCCACUCCCUCUUUCUGCCUCUCAUCGUCCGUCCCUGGUGCUCCCAUCCCACGACUGGAUGGGUCCAUGAGCGCAGAUCGGGAUGCCGGUGCUGCAGCCUCCCGGGGGCAGCAGCAGCAGCGUCGUGGGGAAGGGAGGAACCACCUGCUGCCACCGGCCCGAGCGCAGGAGUGGAGCCUGAGCCAGAGCCGUGGCAGCGUCCCUGGCCCGUGCCGUGGGGCGGCUGGUGGCCCGCCACAGCGGGGCUGGAGAGGAACUUCAGCCCUUCUGGGGGCUUCCUCCCUUUCUUGUUGCAGCAGAAUCCCUUUUUGGGGGGAUGUACGUGUGGAAAGGGCUGGAAUAAAGUGCCGUGCUGCUGUCCCAA